UGGCGGGGGAGGGGUGGGGUUUAGAGGAAGCGGAAGUGUCAGAGCAGGCGGAAGUGGUACUGCCCUGAAUACGCUGAGCACCGAGCGGAGGACGCCUUGAUAAACUCUCGCCUUUCAGAGAACAAAAUCGGAAUUCCGAGCACACUCUAAAUAUGGAUAAGAACGACCAGGUGCAGAAAGCCAAGCUGGCAGAGCAGGCGGAGCGCUAUGAUGACAUGGCGGCUGCCAUGAAGGCUGUGACGGAGGAGAGCAAGGAGCUCAGCAACGAGGAGCGCAACCUGCUCUCUGUUGCGUACAAGAACGUGGUUGGCGCUCGCCGCUCCUCCUGGCGCGUCAUCUCCAGUAUUGAGCAGAAGACGGAGCCUACGGACAAGAAGCGUGAGAUGGCCUGUGAUUACCGCAUGAAGAUUGAGUCUGAACUCCAGGAGAUCUGCCAUGAUGUACUGAACCUGCUCGACAAAUACCUCAUUGCCAACGCAUCUCAGUCAGAAAGUAAGGUGUUCUACCUCAAAAUGAAAGGAGACUACUUCAGAUACCUGUCAGAGGUGGCAUCUGGAGAUUCAAAGAAGGACACGGUUGAUAACUCCCAGCUGGCCUAUCAGAACGCCUUCGAAAUCAGCAAGAAGGACAUGCAACCGACACACCCCAUCCGUCUGGGCCUGGCCCUGAACUUCUCCGUCUUCUACUACGAAAUCCUCAACUCUCCAGAGCAGGCCUGCGCUCUGGCUAAGCAGGCUUUUGAUGAAGCCAUCGCUGAGCUGGACACCUUGAACGAGGAGUCGUACAAAGACAGCACGCUGAUCAUGCAGCUACUAAGGGACAAUCUCACUCUGUGGACAUCGGAAAACCAGGGAGAUGAGGCCGAAACCGGCGAUGGAGAGAACUAGAGCGCACUUCACUGUUAACCCAUCCCUCCUCUCUCUUCCUCUAACGUUUAUCUCUCUUCUUCUUUCUUCUCUUCCUCCUCUCUUUGUACACAUAAACAGCCCAUUCAUUCCCUCAUUCCCACUUGUUCAAGCCCAGCCUCCCAACUUCCCUUCUGUAUAACCAGCAGCAUGAAUAGUACCUGUUCCUGUCCUCCACAAACCAAAUUUUAAAAAAAUAAUAAACAAAGGAGGAGGAGGAGCGAAUAGGCCACAACAAACCCAGUCACUCCUGGUUCCCUCUGUCCUUCCACCUCCUCUCCCUCUAUUACGGCACUCCAGGGUAGGCCGGCAGACUCCAACCACAGGCCUGUCUCACCCCCAGCACGCAGGGAGGGGAGUUCAUGAAGUACAAAAAAAGAUCAUUUUUUAAAAAAAAAGAAAAUCCUAGUUUUUACUUUUUUUUUCCCCUUCAUUCCUCUCUACUUUUUCCCCCUCAUUCUCCUGCUUCCUUCCCAACAUUGUCCUUUCAUGCUCCUCUCUCUAGUCAGAUAAUGAAUUUAUAUAGUUGUCAACUCCUUUUCCACUGGUUAUAUUCCACUUUAAACAACAACAAAAAGAUUAUUAAACUGUCCGUUGAUCUCAACCAACACUGUGAUGCUCAGUUUUUCCUCCACCGUUGGCAGCAGGUCCUCAGUUGACAGCAGACUGUUCGAAAAGCAGUGCCAUUCUGCUGAGGUUUAUACAGAAGGGUCCUCCUACCAACAAGGCUGUAUUGUGACACUGACAAAUCUUAAAAAGAAAACGUGUUUCAAAAUAUUCACUAACUGUUUUUAUUUUCUAACCAGGAUCUGAGUCUUCAUCACUCACUGCUGCCCUGCAUGUUUUAAGGAGCAGAAAACAGUUCAAAUGAAUUGGAAAAUAUUUUAAACAAUGCCGUACAUUCCGUCUUUGACAAUAAAAGGCACUGGUCAUCCUGCCAUUCUGCUCCUUUUUUGGAUGGGACACACGUUUUAACAAACGUCUGUGCUGCUGUCCUUACAUUUCAUUACUCUGCUGACUUUUUUUUUUCUUUGUGAAACAAACAAGUCAAACUGUUUUUUAAACAACACACUUGUGAACUCAUCUUGACAGCAAAUCUGAUCAGGAAAAAACAAUCGAAUCACAUUUCUCUCUAAAAACAAAUCAAGAUUCUAAUAUUUUAAACCUUUGUGAUUUUUUUUUUUUUUUACUUUGCUUUACUCUCCUUUGUCACCUGCCCGUAAACAUUUUUAUUAAAACUAGACGAGUCCUAGUCCCAAAUAUAUUGCUGACAUUUACAAAUGACCACAACACAGACCAUGAGGAUUUCACUUGACACCUAAAAAUAUUUGCGGUAAAUUGAAAACUUUUCUUCACCCACUCAGUGUCACAAUAACCUUGUCAUGAACCAUUUCAACAUUCCACUCUGUAGGUGUCUGUUUUAUUUUCUGUUGCUUGGGUCAAAUGAUUUCAUGCACUGAUGUUAAAAAGGUUAAACACAAGUCCACCCCCUUUUCUGUUUUCCUCUAUAGCUGAACAAAAAGGCAGUUAUUAUUCUACGCUUUAUAAGAAGAAAAAAAAAUCCCAGCCGUAGUGAAUGUGGCACCGAGCCUGUCUGUAUAUCUGGUAUCUCAAAUCACUUUUGUUUUUACUGACCAGUAUUCUGCUUAAAAUUUAAAAAGGACAAAAAAAUACCCCUAGGGGGAAAAAAAAGUUUUUCUUUUGCUUCUGUGACGGUUUUAUUGCUUAGCGCGCACGUGGUUGUGAAAAUUUUAGACUUAGCUUAAGGAUGCCAAUUAAAAAAAAGACAAAAAAAAAAAAACCUUGACACCUACCUACCCACUUCCCCCCACCCUGGUUAUUGACGUAUUACUAGAUUUGUGUAUGUCUUUUAAAAAAAUCAACUCUAGUUUCACCUUACAUGUAAUAAAAACAGGACGAAAUGUAAGAGACGAUUUAAAAUGAAAUAAAAGUUUUAUCAGUUCUGAA